AUGGUAGUGGCAGUGCCCCUUCUGAACGUUAGAGAAAGCCAUGGUCUGCAUCUGAGCCGGCGAGGACUGUCUGGACUGGCAUUCCUACUUCAUCCUGGGAAGUCUGGGAACCCCUUCAGCCAGUUCCCAGACUUUGACGGACUGGAAAGAAACAACCACAGCAGAAAUCCAGAUGGAGACAUCAAACCGUGGUGUUACGUCAGAAGAGGCGGCAGACUGGCUUUUGACUACUGCAGAGUCCAGAAAUGCCCUGAAGUUCCAACCCCUCCAGCCCCAACAGUGUCUCCCACCACUCAGUUCUCUCAGUGUGGAGUUGAAAAACCAAACCGUGCGUCCAGGAUCUUUGGAGGCAGCAGAGCGUUCCCAGGAUCCAACCCGUGGCAGGCGUCGGUGCAGAGCAGGAGCAGAGGCUCCAGUCUGUCGUACGGUCACAUCUGUGGAGGCAUCCUGCUGAACUCCUGCUGGGUCCUCACCGCCGCACACUGCAUGGAAAGAAAUAAAGAAUACCAGGUGGUUUUGGGCGGAGUCAACCUCCUCAAACAGGAGGACAUGGAUCAGACCAUCGCAGUGACCGACACCUACGUCCACGAGGAGAGAGACCCCUGCAGCUUUGUACAGCGGCGUCGCUCUGCUGAAGCUCAGACCCACAGACGGAGCUCUGUGUGCGAAGGAAACUCAGUUUGUGAAAGCAGCGUGUCUUCCUGCAGGAAAACAAGAAAUACAGCAGCCACCUGCUGA